UUCAACAAGUUUUCAAGAACCGGUCGGAGGCUGACGACGACGACGUUGGGGAGUUGAAGUGUUUCGCACCACACCGAAUUACCGGUGCUUCAACCAAUGAAAACGGUCCACGUCAUUCUCACCGUCUCUCCCAUAAAAUCGGUCCGCUUAGAAGCUUGGGUCCAAUUAUGAGAGUACGCUUUCAAUUUAACGUGGUGUCCACCUCUCUGAUAAUGAUGACGUGGCAUUUUGUCUCGACUCUGCAAGUUAUAAUGAAUUUUCACAUUUUGGUCAAACAAGUUGACCAAUCCCGAAAAAGAUCUCGAGACUUACAAAGGCGGCCAUUUUGCCAUCGGCGACGGCGGAGAUGAAUCUAUCCGCCGGAGAUAUCUUCUCUCUGUCUCUCCAGAACCUUAUCACCGCCGUCUCCAGCCACCGUCCCUGGCCGGAGUUCCUCUCAUCGCUCUCCUCCGCCGCAUCUCGCGCCAAAACCAACUUCCGCCGUUUCCGCGUCAACUACGCUCUCCUCACCGCCGCGUCUAUCGCCGUCUUCAUGAUCGGAGAUCCAACAGCUCUCGUGGUCUUCUCCGCCGUGGCCGCCGCUUGGCUCCUCCUCUACUCCUGUCGGGAUCUCCCGCUUGUCCUUCACGGUCGACACGUCAGCGACCGUGUGAUCAUCGUGAGCCUUACAUUCGUCUCGCUCUGGGCGUUGCUGUGGUUCACGCACUCCCUAGGGAGCGUGGCUCUCGGCGUCGGGGCAGGCGUAGUGCUCUGUGGGGUCCACGCCGUUGUGCGGAACCCCGACGACCUCUUCGCCGACGAACAGGAAGCUGUUUCUUCAGGUUUUCUUCAUUGGAGCUAG